AUGCGCAGAUCGCAAAGACUGAUUGAUAAGGAAAGCCGCUGUAAAACAAAAACGAAAUCUUUAGAAAAUGCUGGCUCCCCGCAACUGUUCGACGAAACAGAUGAUGAAUGGAGUCAACCACUUUGCCAGCUUCUGCCGUUGACUCAAAUUGUGCACCAGGAAGAACCAGUGGCGAUCAAACGGCGAUCAAGUUCCGUGUCUGUGAAGCAUGUUGUUCCCUUAAAGCGCCGCAAGGGCCGGCCACCGGCAAAAAGAACAACGAAAAAUGCCAAGAAUAGCAUUAGCUUCUACCAAGAACUACACAAGAGCCAAUCAGAAGUGCUGAAGUCAGCUACACAGUGGGAGCUAGGCGAGUAUCGAGAGCAGCUUCAGCGUCCUGCUAAUUCGGCGCAAGACUCACUUCAGGAGCUGCAGCAGCAGAGGCCUUCAUCUCAAGUUGUGCACUUAAAGAAAAAAUAUCGAUCUUUGCAUUCUUCGAAUAACAACAAGAAUAACCCUUUAAAGCAGCUGAAGGGCCAGAUUGCAUCUCAAGGCAAGGCAGGACAAGGCACUUCUUUUUUCAAGCAGGAUCAGCGUCCUGUGACUUCAGAGUGUUUUGGAGAAACAUAUGAAGAACAAACUAAGGAGCAGGUUAUUCCCUUAAAGAGGCGCAAGAGCCGAGCACAAUCCAAGCAAACGCAACCAGAAGUGAUGCAGGAACAUUGUCCCUCGACUACAUCACCUAUUGAAGACAGUUGUUUGUCGAGUAGUCAACUGCAACUGCUGGCCAAAUCAUACAAGGAAUAUAGUCAACGGAUUUGCGAGCAGCAGGAAGACAGGAAGACCUCCACUGCUUAUGUUGAAAAGAAAGUUCCACCACUUGAUAUCCCUUUAAAGCCGCCGAACGAAGGAUCCUCAACGCAAGGCAAACCAAAACAGUCAUCCACUUUUAAACGAUAUGGGACAGAGUAUCAGAAGCAGUCUCCCUCGAAGCUGCCGCCCAAGUAUCCAGCACAUUUUGUACACCAGCUGCCACCUCUGGGAGGGGGAGACAGGAGCUACAUGCACAUGCGUCCCAGAGCGGCUCCAGCGGCCCAGCUGCGUGAAAUGUGCCCCACACCAGAGCUCACUCCCGUGCCAGAGCCGCAGAAGGCACCUCUGACGACCUUUGACGACCUCUCGCCACCCAAUCCAGGCUCGGAGAGCUCUGGCACGCUCUCCCUGAGUGACUCCAUCGGCGAGAUAUUCGGCACCAAGAACAUCAGCCGCAUUCUGAACGUCCAGUGCCCGCGUCAGUAUAUCCUCAUCGAGGAUCACCUGCCGGCCAUGGCCAUGAUGCUGAAUGUGGAGCUGGUGCGCCUUCGAGCAGUCCUCGACCUAACACAGCGCCUGACGCACGAGCAGAUACUAAAUUGGCCACUGAAACUGGAGAAGCCAACCAAUGAUUGAUUAUUUG